AUUUUGCCUCAUCGGGAUCAUCACCACUGGUCUCACUUGUCAAAGUUCAGCUAUCCCUAACCUAAGUUAUUAUAAUAGAGGAGAAUUAAUGACUAAAUAGUUUGCAAUAAAAAUCUAUUGGAAGGAUGAAAAUAUCCUACUUUAUAAAGACUGUAGCUUUAUCAAUACCAAUUGGCAUUACAUUCGUAGACUGUGUGGGUUACAUUGCUCGUGUUGAAGGUGUGUCUAUGCAACCGGCAUUAAAUCCAGACGCUGAAAUAUGUGAUUAUGUAUUCUUAUCGAAAUGGGCGGUCCGAAACUACACCGUAGAACGUGGAGAUAUUGUGUCGCUGAUUUCACCAAAGGAUCCGGAACAAAAAAUAAUUAAGAGAAUCGUUGCACUAGAGGGUGAUGUGGUUUCAACAAUUGGUUAUAAGAAACCCUACGUUAAAAUUCCAGAUGGGUUUUGUUGGGUUGAAGGUGAUCAUACAGGAAACUCUUUAGACAGUAACACAUGACCAGUGUCGGCGGGUCUAAUGACAGCACGAGCUACGUACAUUGUUUGGCCGCCAAACCGCUGGCAGAAAAUUUUAAGUCAUUUACCAAAUCAAAGAAAACGAUUUCGUUAGGCAAGACAUACAACCAUCAAUUACUACAAAGGUGUAAAUAAGUUAUAGUCAUGUGGUAGGAUUAGUAAUUUUGACUGUCAAAUAUUGAAUAUAUACUCCAGUUAAUGUUUGAACC